AUGGCCGAUGGAUCAGCAGUCAAAGAGCAUCUGAAGGCAGAUAAUUUCAAGGGAACACAUUUCAACAAACGAGAAAUCGUAGAGAACUUGUCCAGUAAACUCGUACAGCAAGCAAGAGCAAAUCCUCGUGAAUUCGAUCCAAAACCAUUUCUGCGCACAUUCGAGGUCGCUCUAGAUGAAUUGAAACGGGUUCGAAAGAACUUUCAACGUAAAAUCGAUGACUUGGAAGAUGAAGAAGCUAGUACUGAACGAACGAGAAGGAAGAAAAUGGCUGAGAUAUAUACUUCCUUUGAGAGUGUGUCGCAAGCUUAUGAAAUGCUAGAAGCUCAGAUUGGUGAAGUGGGAAAUACCGCCAUCAGAAUAGGCGAGCAAUUGGAGACCAUUGACAGGCAAAGGACGCGUGCUCUUGAAGCCAAAGAGCUCAUUGAAUUCUACAUGGAGUUCAAUACUGGACGUUCUGCCAAAUUGGAGCAAUUGUCGUCAUCUGGGCCAGAAGGAGAGCUAAAGUCGGCAAUUGUGUUGAGGAGGUUGAAUGCAAUUGCCAAAGAUGUUGAUAUACCAGGAACAGACAUGGCCCGAAUGCAUAUAGAACGCUUUUGUGAAGAUAUGGAAAAGAAGAUGCUGGACGUCUUUGACCGUGCUUACAAGAGCGGUGACAAGGCCACUAUGAAGCACUGUGCUCGAACCUUGUAUGAUUUCAAUGGAGGAGGAUCUAGUGUCCAGCUUUAUGUCAAUCAGCAUGACUUCUUCAUGAGUCGAUUACGACUUGGUGAUUCACUUCUGCCACCUGAAUCAUACUUUAACCUAUUGGCCAAAUCACCAUCACCACCACCUGCGGACCCACAGUUGGAAUGGCAAGUUAUUUCAACGGUAUUCCCGAAUGCUGCUUCUGUCAUGCAGAACUUUGUUCAACGUAUCUUUGCUCAAUCGAUCCAAAACUACGUUGAGAACUCGGUUGGAGCGGCUGAAGAGAAAUCGGAUCUAGCAUUUCUCAGAUGCUUGGCAUCAUGUCACAGUACAAUAUCAGCGCUCGUGACAGAUCUGAACAAAUUUGAUGCUACGACCAUUGCUUUAAAAUCAACCUCAGGACUAGUCUUGACGAAUAUCUUGGAAAGGUCUUUUGGAGACUUGUUUGUUCCUUAUACUGAAGGGACAAGAUAUAUUGAGCGAGAGUGUAGAUGUCUAGUGGCAUGCUUUGAUGAUGUGUUGGAGGCAUUCAAGAACUUCACGACAUCACGAAAAAGUCCAACAAGGAAACAGCACAAGCAGUCAUUGGCUACACCAGUAUUGGGAGCUCAAUCAGUAGCUCAGUUAUUAAAUAUUAGUGGGCUGGGCUCGUCUGACAAGACCGACGAUUCGGAAAUGGCUGAGGCUAGUACGCCAUCUACGGACACGACCCUCAAGUUGCUGGCUAUUCAUCUUGAGGGUAUUCAGAGGUGUAAAGAGCUCAGCACCCCUUCAGACAUGCCACGUCAUAUGAGAAUACUCUUUGACCACCUGGUUGAACAAGUUGGGAAACGAUAUCUUGAGAUGGCUAUUGACUUAUUCAUGGAGGAUUCCUUCCCUCAUGACUCAAAAAUGUCAAAUGAGCCAGAUUUGCGAAGUCUUGGUCUGGUUUUUGUAGCAAAUCAAGUCUUGCAGUUGUUUCAAUUGCACUUUCAGAAUUCUAUCCUUCCGGUGGUGAUGAAUUCUCCAGCCGUCCAUCGAGAUCUUGUGGUAGUAAAGAACGAGUACAUGGCCUCAGUGGAGUCAAGGCUGAAUUCUUUGUUGCAGAAGCAGAUUGAUGUUAUUGAACGUUGGAUUGAUAUCUUACUUGGGAGGCAGAAGAAGACUGACUUCAGGCCGAAGGACGAAUUAUCAGCUGCUAGUGUAGUCCAAGCAACUCAGCCAUGUCAGAUUGUGUGUGAUUUCCUUCGCAAGGUGUACUUCCAAGCUUCCAAAUGUCUGAAUCGUGAUAACUCGGACUUGUUUCUCGGAGAGAUUGGAAUAGAGCUCCAUCAGAUGUUGUUGGAGCACAUCAGGAAAUUUACGAUAAGUUCUUCUGGUGGUAUGGCACUAGCCAAGGAUUUGGCCCUGUAUCAGGAAACUAUUGCAACCUUUGGAGUCUCGGCACUAUCAGAACGAUUCAAUCUAUUGCGAGAGCUUGCUAAUGCUUACAUUGCCAAACCUGAAGCACUGAGAUCUGUCAUAUACGAAGGAGUGCUAGGUCGUAUUGAUCCAGUUCUGCUCGUGCCUUAUAUAUCAUUACGAGCUGACUGGGGCAAGAGGAUUGAAAAAGAUCUAUUUGUUCGAACACGUUGA